AAGCAACCUUGUUUUUACAUCCCUAUGUUCGUUUUGUUUCUUCCUUUGCAAAGUUCCUGUGCGAAAACCGGUGUUGAUUGGUCGUGUGAAUAAAAGUAGGGUUGUGCUCCGUCAGUUCUCCCACUCAAGCAUCAAAGGCUUGUAAUUUGCAAAAGUCAAUGCAGCAGUUUAUGCCUUUGUUCCUUUUCAAGCCUUUGACUAGUGGUAGGUCAAGAACAGAAGUGGUUUGUUCAGCUGAAACUUCAUGAAGAAAUUUCCCUCAGCCAUUUUCACAUCCCAAGGUCAAAAUUCUUGCGUAAUGCAUUGCAUUCCUUGUCAUGCGCAUUGUUCUUUUGCACUUGCUUAUCGAAAGGCGCAGCCAUUGGCUGUCGCCCACCCCCUGUUGCAAUUGCAGGACGGUGAUACAUUCGAGCAGAUUGGCAACGCUUUCCCAAUUGACCCAGUGCCCUCCAAUAUUGCCUAUUUGAAGAAAGCCAUUAAGACCGAAAAUCCAGCCACAGUCCAAUGCGACGCCUUCCAAAUUGAUAUUUUUAGCCAACAGGAUGGAAGUUGGAUUAGGGAAGAUGAAGAAGCAUCUGUCAAUCGCGGCACGUCUAAGACAGAUUGCUAUGGCUUCACAUUGCCAUCAGCGUGAGUGAAACCAAUUGAGAGCAAGGGUUCCCAAUAGUUUCACCGAAUUCCAUCUUUGGAGUAAAUGUAGAGUGGAUGUCGUUGUGGCAUGACCGUGCAUCACUCACAAGAUAUGAGACUUGACACUGCGUUGACACUCUUGUCCAGCAGGUUGUGCACACAGCGGGUGAAGAAACAGUGAGCCAAGAAGCUGUUCAAGAUACGUUUCACUCGGGCAAUGUAUACGCCCAAGCGCAGCCACGAAUCCAAC